GCGAGUAACACCGCACCGCAAAAUCAACACGCAUCUCUUUAUCAGUGGACUGUUGCAUGAUGCUUUCUCAUUUGGACUUUACAAAAACGGAUUAACGCACAUUUAGACCUUUGGCUAGACAAUUCUGGCUGGAUUUGAAUAAAACACACUUUUGGAUUACUUUGCACAUUUUUUUGGCGUCAGUCUCCGUUUGAUAAAGGAGAGGGACGGAAAUAAGGAAUAAGUGCCAUGUCUUUUGGCUUUUAAUAAUAACUGUGUCAAGAAGCAGUGGGGUCAGCGAGCACCUGCAUCAGUGUCUUCUGAUCGAGCUGGAUCUUAUUGUACAGCAUGAAGCGAACCUUCCCUUCACUCCCGCUGUGUCUCCUUACAUUCCUGCUCCUGUCCCAGCAGUGCACAGGAAUCAGAUGGCUGUCGCUAUCGCAGACCACACAACACAUCAACAAGACCCAGCACUGCAAGACGUUGCCAGGCCUCGUCUCUUCUCAGGCUCAGCUCUGUAGGAGUAACCUGGAACUCAUGCAAACCAUCAUCCAAGCAGCACGGGAGGUUAAAAAGGUCUGCCAAAAGACCUUCACAGACAUGCGCUGGAACUGUUCCUCUAUUGAUGCUCCAAAAUUCCUCCCGGACCUGGAACGAGGAACGAGGGAAUCUGCAUUUGUAUAUGCGCUCUCCGCAGCUGCUAUAAGUCACACUAUAGCACGGGCAUGCACAUCCGGAGACCUGAGGCUGUGCUCGUGUGGUCCGAUUCCAGGUGAAAUACCUGAGCCUGGGUACAGGUGGGGCGGCUGUGCUGAUAACCUGCAUUAUGGUCUCCUCAUGGGCUCCAAGUUUUCUGAUGCCCCCAUGAAGAUGAAGAAGAAGUCUGGCUCGAAUGCCAACAAGCUGAUGCAUCUUCACAAUAGUGAAGUGGGCAGACAGGCUUUGCGAGACGCUCUGGUUAUGAAGUGCAAAUGCCAUGGUGUUUCUGGUUCUUGCUCCAUUCGGACCUGUUGGAGAGGCCUACAGGACCUGAAGGACAUCGCCAUUGACCUAAAGACCAAGUAUUUGUCAGCCACUAAGGUGGUUCAUCGGCCCAUGGGAACACGCAAACAACUCGUCCCCAAAGAUAUCGACAUCCGGCCAGUCAGAGAGAAUGAGCUGGUUUAUCUGCAGAGUUCACCGGAUUAUUGCAUGAGGAAUGACAAGUUGGGCUCUUUUGGCACUCAGGACAGGCAGUGCAAUAAAACCUCCAGUGGAAGUGACAGCUGUGAUCUGAUGUGCUGUGGCAGAGGCUACAACCCGUACUCAGAGAGAGUGGUGGAGCGAUGCCACUGCAAAUACCACUGGUGCUGCUAUGUCACGUGCAAGAAGUGCGAGAGGACAGUGGAGAAAUACGUGUGCAAAUGAGUCGGCUCUCCAUCGCUCGACAAUUGUCCUGAUCCCCGUCACACGUACCUAUUCUCAGCUAAACUAAUCUAAAGGAGAUCUGGAAUGCUCUCUACUCAUUGUAACAGAACUGGACAGAAUUCUCAUUCGAAUUCCCAGACUUUGUGGUUGAACGAGCUGAAAAUUUCAAGACUUGAUUCUGUUCUAGAUAUAUUCAGCCUGGGUGUGGAGCAUAACCUUUGUCUACCUGACUUACUUGGCCACAAAUAACCAAAGCAUGUUGCCAACGAGGAUUUCUUUUGUCUUACGCUUUUCCAUCUUAUAUGCUUUUGAGAAGACAUGGUUUAUUUUUGGCUUUUAUAAACUCAGAAGCUGGUCUUUAUUUUUUUAUUGCACAAAUGAACAUGGUUUUUGUUAAAAACACCCAGCUCACCGUCCUCAAGAGGAUUUUUACUCCUCAUCUUGUUUUUUUAAACAUAAAAACAUAUGCUCCUUUAUCCAGAUCUUAAAAGUCUAUUUUCUUAAACAAUACCUGGGUCCGUUUAUUUUUAUUUUUUAAAAAGGUAAAUUUUCCCUGUUUUUGGCAUUGAUUUUCAGCACUCUUCUUAGAGCCUUCGGAAUCGCUUGACGUUCCAGAGGAUUCCACAUUCCAAGUUCUAAGGGAUUCAGGCCUCAAUGCUCAGAUGGUACUUGAUUUUCACCAGUUAAGACUGUUUAAUAGACUGACAAGAUAAAGAAAGUGCUGAUCACGCAAAGGGAACUUCAAAUGUGGCUUUUGAAUGAGGAACUUACAAUGGCUUCCAUCUGUUGGUUGGUUACUUCAAUUCUAGAGGGAGAAUACCUGUAUUUAUUCCACGUAUAUCAACAAGGACAUUGGACUGUAUGUGUUGUGCCUUGUUAUAUUUUUACCCAACAUAAAAAAAUGCUGACAUUCAAAUGCCAAACCUCUCUGAGCAUGUGAACAGAAUAUGUGGGUCACCUAUUAUGGCCGUAAUAAGUCGUGAACCACUUAUCUGUGGAUGUACAUACUGUCAUUUUUGUA